AUGGCUCCCAAUCUGGAUCCGUACUUCAAACAAGUAGACGCCCUUGCGGAUACCUUCAUAGAACGUCUACGAGCAGCAGUGGCUAUACCUUCUGUCAGUGCCAGUGAUGAGAACCGCCAAGAUGUGUUUCGCAUGGGCGACUUCCUCGCAGACGAGCUCACUCGUCUCGGCGCAGAGGUCGAGAAGAGACCACUUGGUAAACAACCCGGCAAGGAGCACCUCGAAUUACCUCCAGUAGUCAUUGCUCGAUAUGGCAACGACAAGAAGAAGCGCACGAUAUUAGUCUAUGGCCACUACGAUGUACAGCCUGCGUUGAUGGAGGAUGGCUGGGCCACGAAACCUUUCGACCUGACUGUGGAUGAGAAGGGUCGUAUGUUUGGAAGAGGAAGCACAGAUGACAAGGGACCAGUGUUAGGUUGGAUCAACGCGAUUGAAGCACACCAGAAAGCUGGCGUGGAGUUCCCAGUAAAUCUAUUGUGUUGUUUCGAGGGCAUGGAGGAGUAUGGUUCAGAAGGUCUCGACGACUUCAUCAACGCCGAAGCGAAGAAGUACUUCAAAGACGCAGAUGCAGUGUGCAUAUCAGACAAUUACUGGCUAGGUACCGAAAAGCCCUGCCUUACCUACGGCCUCCGAGGCUGCAACUACUACAGCGUCGAGAUCAAAGGUCCAGCGCAAGAUUUACACUCCGGCGUCUUUGGCGGCAGUGCACAAGAACCAAUGACCGACCUGAUGCACGUCCUAAGUAAACUCGUCGACCAAAAGGGACAGAUCCUUAUUCCUGGCCUCAAUGAGCUCGUAGCUCCUGUCACAGAAGACGAGAAGAAACUCUACCCAAACAUCUCAUACACUAUGGACAACCUUUACGAAAGCAUCGGCAGCAAAACCUCCAUCUUCGAAACCAAAGACGAAACCCUCAUGGCUCGAUGGCGCUUCCCCUCCCUCAGCGUCCACGGCGUCGAAGGAGCCUUCUCCCAACCUGGUGCAAAGACCGUCAUCCCCGCCAAAGUCAUCGGCAAAUUCUCCAUUCGCACAGUCCCAAACAUGGAAUCCAACGAAGUCAACGAACUGGUCUACAAACACGUCAAGGACGUCUUUAACAAGCUUGGCUCGAAGAAUAGCAUGAACGUCUACUGCCAACAUGACGGGAAAUGGUGGGUCGCCAGCCCAUUCCACUGGAACUUCCAGGCUGCGUCCAAGGCCGUCAAGCAGGUCUUUGGCGUUGAGCCGGAUAUGACGAGGGAGGGAGGCAGUAUUCCUGUCACGAUAACGUUUGAGCAGGCGACAGGGAAGAAUGUGUUGUUGUUGCCGAUGGGAAGUAGCACGGAUGGCGCGCAUAGUAUUAAUGAGAAGCUGGAUCGCAGGAAUUAUAUUGAGGGGACGAAGUUGUUGGGCGCGUAUUUGCAUUAUGUGGCGGAAGAGCCGAUGAAUGAGAAGAAAUGA